AGCUAGGACCCACAGUCACACGUACAUACAUGCAGCAGAGAGAGAGCGCUGCAGCACACUUAACAAUAUUGACAUCCGUGUGUGCAUACGAGGAAGAUGUCUGCAACAACAGUGGAUGAGGAGUUCGACUUUGUUGUCAUGGUUGUCUGACGAUUCUACUAAAGCCUAGCCUCCACUCAGCCACUACCACGCGUGUUGAAAUGUUGUAGCAUAAUCAGAGCACCGGCAAUAAUUAUUUGCCCACAUCAGCCAGCAUCACUUGCUCCUCGUAUCUCUCUAUUCUUAACAGAUUUCUAAGAAUUUGAGUCAUGGCGAUGGCAAAGAAUACAAUAGCAGUAAAUCCUUUAUCUGUUGAUCCACCGCAAGGCAGUUACGAUGAACAGCAAAGUACAUCAACAAGUGGUGCCACAGAAGACGACGAAGUAAAUGAUGACACGUGUGUCUUUAUAACAUGGUAUUCGAGGCAGCUUGCCAAACUGCCUGUCGCUAUUGGGAUGAUCAUUGGUGUGCUCGCACUGACGGGUAUCUGUUCCGUAGUUGCAUUCUUGUUUUACAACAUUCCCGACUUCGGUGACCCCACUAAAGGUUUCCGGGCACGUGGUACGGAUUUAAGCGCCAGGAUUGUUUCGCAUCGGAACUUACUCGGAGGUAACCCGGGGCCAAACCAACUCAGCUCAGGCAUUUACGUUGGCAACAUGUCAGACGACCGAAUGGCAUUCAGGGACGCCACCAACGACGGGUUCGGAAGAAAGAGGCGAAACGUUGACACAGUCCAAGAAGGCGGCACUUCGGGUAUACAAUUUUGUCAAGACUCAGACAGAUUUGAAGGGGUUGUAUUUGGACUGGUUGGCGGCGGGAAAGAUAUGUUUACCCGUCAAUCCCUGAUAUCGACAUGCACAGUGUAUGAAACUCAUAUCGACAAGUUUAUCUACGCCCAAUGUUGUUUUUAUAAAGACAAUGGUGAGUGUGCCAAUAGCCGGUCUCUUGGUAAUUACGUAGCGCUGAUGAACAACAGGUCGAGUUGUCUCGAUAUCCGGGAAAGUGACGUCACACGUGUUCAACAUUUACUCACUGAUUGUGCUCCCCAUUAUCUCGAUGAGUCGCUGCACAAAUGCAAGUAUGAUGGUGAAUGUCCCACAAGUGUACCCGCGGAAUGCACAGCUUAUAACCAUGCAGUCUAUUUAAUAUUCCACUACCUUGUUCCCUCUGAUUUUUCGAAAAAUGCGAAAUUGGGAAAUUAUGAUUUGAGUAUGACCAUUGUGGCCUUACCGGUCUGGUGGGUUAGUGUAGAUUUGUAUAAAACAAUGUUUCAGAAUAAACACGUGAGUGACGGGAUGACUGCUGUGGUUGCCCUUGGCUUUGAUCUGAAAUUUAGUUUGUUUGCAGAGUUCCUCCUUUCAGAUACGUUAUACAUAGGGCUGGGAGCUGGUUUGGUAGUACUUAUCAUAUGGGUCUACACAGGCUCGCUGUUCAUCACCUUUAUAACAGUUUUAGGAAUGUUAAUGUCUUUGCUUAUUGCUUAUUUUGCCUUUCUCGUACUGUUUAGUCUACCCUUUUUCCCGUUCGUAAAUGUAGCAAGUGCUGUUCUAAUAAUUGGCAUAGGUGCCGAUGAUACGUUUGUGUAUUAUGACAUUUGGUGUCAGACUAAGAAUGCUCACCCAUUGGCACAUACUAAAACCAUCCUCAAGAAGACCCUACAGCAUGCCUCGCUGACUAUGUUAGUGACGAGCCUCACUACAUCUUCAGCAUUGUAUUCUAGCAUCGUUAGCUCAAUCACUGCUGUGAGGUGCUUUGGCGUCUACAGUGGUACAGCUAUCAUUGUUAAUUUCAUAUUAACAGUGACUUGGUUGCCGGCUGCUGUUGUAAUUUAUUCAAGAUUCCAGGACUGGACUUCUACAUCAAAUUGCCGUUGUCCGAGUGGUGUGAAGAAGCUCGUAUCUGUGCACACAAUGUUGUCUGAUGCAUGGCGUGGGUUCUUUGAACACUAUCUACCCACCAUAGUAAUCAAAUUAAGGUUUGUGUGGAUCGUUGUAUUUGCAUCUCUCGGUGUUGGUGCAUUCUGUGUUGUGUUCAUCAGCCCAAGGUUGCAGCUACCCAACAGGGCGGAGUUCCAAGUAUUUCGAGACACCGACUUAUUCGAGUUAUACGACAACGAAUAUAAGCCAAAGUUUGAUUUUAAUGUCGAGAGAAAAAAUCCACUUUAUCUUGCCUUAGUAUUUGGCGUUCGUGACGAGGACAACGGUGACCAUUGGGAUCCUGAUAAUAACGGGAUGUUAAACCUGGAACCAAAUUUCAACAUGUCUCAUCCCGAUGUACAGAUUUGGCUCCAAGAUUUAUGCCAAAGUUUGAAAAACCAAAGUUUUUAUAAUCCCGACGAGGGCUCAUUGUGCGCAAUGAUGGACAUGAUAAAACUUGUUUUGUCAUUUCCUUGUAUAGAUGCAACAACUCCUUGCUGCGGUCAAACAAGUUUCCCAUAUCCUUCUCAACUCUUUGAAACAUGUUUAACAACAGCAGCAGAGUGUGACACACCAAGAUGUCUGUAUGGCUAUGUUUCUCCCGGACCUCUGUUUAGCAGAGACGGUUCAAUAAAGGCUUUAUAUAUGAGAGACAGCAGCUCCAUAGAGAAUUCAAUGAAUUUCAACUACAUUGAUACAUUUUGGACCGAGGCAAACAGUUGGUUUGACGAGAGAUUGGAAAGCAAGCCAGUGGGGUUAACUGGCGGAUGGCUAGUUGCUGGAUCAGAAGAUGGAACACAGUUGUAUUUUUUUAACCUGCAGAAGAGUUUGGCUACGGGGGCACCUUUAUCUAUGGGUUUAUCACUUCUGUUUGCGGCAGUCAUGCUUAUUCUUACCACGUGGAAUAUUCUGAUAUCCCUCUAUGCUAUGUUAUCCAUAGCAGGCACUUUCUCUGUUACUGUCGGCACCCUUGUUCUUCUAGGUUGGCGUCUGAAUAUAUUUGAAUCUGCCAUUUUGUCUUUAGCGGUUGGGCUAUCAGUUGAUUUUACCAUCCACUAUGGUGUUGCAUACCGCUUAGCUCCGUCAAAGUUGAGACUGGAGCGGACAUUACAUUCAUUGAGAAGUGUUGGAUCCGCCAUAACUGUAGCUGCGCUAUCCACAUUUGCUGCAGGCGCCAUGAUGAUGCCCUCAACGGUCAUAACCUAUGUUCAGCUGGGUACAUUUCUCAUGCUUGUAAUGACUAUUAGUUGGGUAUACGCUACUUUUUUCUUUCUCUCUGUUUGUCGAGUCAUUGGUCCACAAGGCAACUUUGCACAGAUUCCAAUCCACAGACUUUUCUGUCGCAAGAAGCCCAUCGUCCAACAAGCUGCUGUCAACAGUCAAAGUCAUGAGUUACAUGAGAAUGAAAACUCCAUGGCAAAUGGUAGGUUUACAGGAAAUCCCUCGAGUGGGAUAGAUGAAGGCAGUCAAACCAACAUGACUUAACAUUAGUUUAAUUUGCUUCGUUGCUUCAUGUGAUGACUAUUAAUAAAUAUUUGGUUUGCGGUAACACGUGAUGUGUAUCUACUUGCCAGGUAGAGUUUGUUCUUAGAGGACU